GUUGUAUUACAGAGGACAGUAUAGGACAUCCAAUCAUUACGUAGAAGUGGGACCUAGCAUUAAUUAUUGAAUAAGGAGGAUAGAUGUCUACUGAUCUAUACGGGAAAUGGAGAAUCCGGAUGGAUCUUGGGCUUGGGUUGUUGUUAUAGCUGCAUCAUGUAUCCGGAUCAUCGUGUACGGUAACUCGUACACUUCCGGUAUUGUGUACUACGUCAUACUGGAUGUAUUUGGGAAGAGUAGGGCUGAAACGUCAUGGAUUGCGUCCGUGAUCACAGCAGCUACGUUCGCAACAUGUCCUAUAUCCGGUGUAUUGGUGAAUCAGUUUGGCAUGAGGAAGGUGGCGUUUGUCGGCGGAAUUGUGGCAUCUUUUGGCCUUAUGGCGAGUUCCUUUGCUACUAAUCUUCCUGGUCUGACCUUGUGUUACGGCGUCAUCACAGGAGUGGGGUGCGGACUCACAUUUAUACCAGGUAGUGUUGCUGUCGCGAGAUAUUUCACAAAGCGGAGGAAUAUCGCAAUGGGUGUCGCAGGAGCGGGAAGUGGGAUCGGAUCAUUUGCGUUUCCGCCAAUCAUCAACUACUUGACAGAAAUAUAUUCUUGGCGCGGAAUGUUUAUGAUUUUGUCUGGGAUAUCCUUGAACAUGUGUGUUUUUGCGUUACUUUACCGCCCUGUGACUUCGCCAAAUGACAGGAACGAAGAGGAAACGGAACAGAUUCAGACAAUCACGGAAAAGAAAGAAUCGCAAAGAAAGAAAAAUGUAUGGUCAUUUUUAAAAUUAGUUGAUUUCUAUGUUCUUGCUCUAAAUAAUAUAUUGUAUCAGUUGGGAUCCACCAUAAUAUAUGGACAUUUAGGAACAUAUGUAAUUCACCAGCUCCAUUUUGAUAGAGUCUACGCCUCUAUGUUGUAUUCUAUAAUUGGAAUAACGGUGAUGUUAUCCAAACUUGUCCAGGGAUUCGUUAUCCAAAAUCCAAGAUGGAAGAUAUUCCGACCCUAUCAGCAGUAUAUGUUGUGGUACACAGUUGGAGGCGUAUCCACCAUGAUCUUCCUCCUCAUAGAUAUGGGGUAUGCUGGAUUGGUGGUGUAUGCUCUGUUAUUUGGGGUCAGCUAUGGCUCAUCUGGAGGUUCUAUUAUACCAGCCAUUUUGAUAGACCUGUCUGGAGUUGACCAGUUCACGUUGACGUAUGGAAUAAUUCUAUUUACUCAGUCCAUUGGAAUCCUCUUUGGGCCCUUUAUAGCAGGUUUACUGUUUGAUACGUUGAGGGCGUAUGACGCCGCGUUCGUUUUGGCGGGAGUGUUGAUGAUACUCAGUGCCGGUAUAAUGAUAUUUCCCUGUCGGAACUACAAAGCGACAGACACAAAGACAGACGUCACUUUCGUUGUCACAGAGGAUCGGACGUCAGAUGAUGUCGAGACUGCCAUGAACGAUGUUAACGGACAGGAUAUGAUGAUUGAUGAAGUUUACGAUCCAGUCAAAUUCACGUUAACAAAACGAGUUGGUGUUGUAUCCGAAGCGGAAACAGGGGAGGUCGAAAAAUGGAUCGAAUCGACAGAGACAUGAAUAAUUUCUGCCUGAGUUUGGUGACAAGGUUUUCCACGAUACCCU